UAGCAUUGUGUCUGGCCUGUGGCCAGUGCUCAGAUGUGGUAUUUUGGUGUUUAUUUUUACUAAUAGUCAUAGACCUUCAUGGGUAUGUCCAGGGAGGGAUCUCCCUCAAGCCACGACUCUGUUAUGUGAUCUGCCUCAGCUCCCAUGAGGUCUGCACCACCACCCCAGAAGUCUGCACAUCUGAGAUCCAGGCUGCAAUUCUUAACCUGAGCUCAUUCUUUUUGUAGCUUUAAUUGGCUUUAUAAAAAUCUUCACAUAAUUUGGAUACUUCCUGCUGCCCACUUUCAGUCACAUUUCCAAAUGAACACAUUUGCAGUGUCUUGCCAAGAGGCUCGGAGCAGAGACGUAGGAGACGACAGGGAACAAGAGUCUCAACAGAGAGGAGACAGUUAAGUUAGCCUUCUUGGUUUUCUUGAGAGUCUGAGAAGUCUCAGCAAGAAGACAGGAGCAGAGGCUCUCUACUGGGGGAAGUAUUGGGGAGUAAAGGUGCUAACUCAAAUGAGACACUUGAGAAAUACUUAGAAGCAUCAUCAAAUACCAUGUUAUUGGUCAGGGAUGAAACCAUCAGCUGGAGUUGGAACUGAUGGCCAAGGUCAUUCAUUUAGCCCGCAGUCCUCAGCCAGACCUGAGCCUGCACCAUGUCAGAGCUUGGAACCUGGGCUUGAAUGACAGCAUAUGGCAUUUGAUCUGGUAAUCUCUGAAGUAUGACAGAUGUUUCUUUAGGUCGUGUGGCCACCCUAUUCACAUUUCCUGCUCUCCUGCCUUCACGAUCUGCCUGCUGCUCAUCUGGAGUGCAGAUGGCAUAGUGAAUCCUGUGCUGCUGACAUCCAGCAUGCUUGAAAACCUCCAUCAACUCCCAUGCUCCUACAUUCUUAUCAGAGAGAGCAUGUAAAUACCCUCUCUUCCUUGGCUAGCACCCUGCUCCCACUGAAAGAUGUUGUGCAGGUUGUGUGUGUGUGUGUGUGUGUGUGUGUGUGUGUGUUGGAGUGUGAGGGAAAGGUACAUGUAAGUGGGGUGGAGUUUAACUUAAGUUUUUUUUCUUUUAAUUGUACAAAUGUGUGAGAUACUGUAUGUUAAUACAGUAUUAUGCACAACAUGUAGUGACCAAAUCAGGGAAGUUAAUAUUUCUAUUUCCAUAAACAUAAAAAAAUUGAUUAACACAUAAUUGUGUUAUUUAAUAUAUAAUAUAUAAUUUGUGGACUGCAGUGUGAUGCUAUAAGACAUACACACAAAAUGUACCGAUUAAAACAGCAUGAUUAAGGCUUACAUCUACUGAUGAUGUCCUGACGCUCCUCUUUUCUAGCUCUUCAUAAAAUAUCUGUGCCUCAACAAAUGCUUAAGGGUUCCCAGCAGUUUAAAGCCAACAGAGAGGAGGGCACAGGAUUCCCUCGCCAUCUGUAAAGGUUCGAGCCUCACUCUCGUCGGAGGUAGACACAUACAACUCGAAGAUUUCUGCAACAUGAUACAGUGCAGUUUAAAAUCUUGGUUCUUUUUGUUUGUUUGUUUGAUUUUUCUAUUUUUUCUAUUGAGCUUAGAUCCAGACUUGCCCCAAGACAGAAAAUAUAGGAAAGGACUAGAAACUGGAGCCUGGAGCCUCAAAGUCGCUUCCCAGCCGUGACGUUCAGCGGCCAGCAGGUGUCAGUGCGCUCUCGUUCUGCCACGGCUCAGGGCCUACGCCUCCAGGACCCUUCCCCACAGCCGUUCAAGGCGGCGCAGUGCAGACCCCAGCCCACGAACGUCUCGCAGACAGCUCCAUGGCUGCAAGGAUAUGUGGCUGUCUCUCCCCAAGUAUGAAUAAGUCAAGCUUGGUUCGCUCACGCGUGGGUGUUGUCCAUUCCGCUUCAGCGGUUCCAAAGGAACCCGCACAUGCUUAUCUCUCUAGGAUCCCUUUCAUCCCGGCCACCACCAGGAGCUCCUUCCUGGCUGGGGCGGGGCUGCUUCGCCAGCGACCCCUACACGACGGUGCGGCUGGUACCCUUUCCUGCUAGAACCCAGUUAGAUCGGUGUACUCCAGGGUGUAACUGUCUCCUGGCCCGCCGGGAGCUGCGCGGCCAACUCCCAGCAGGGGCCGCUCCCCACUCCUUAGGCUCUCUCUUAAAGCCCCUUGUUCACAGUACCCGCCUUUCCAAAAGGCCAGUACAGCCUGCGAGGCAGCUCUCUCUGGGGUCCGACGCGGGUGCGGGCUCUGGACCUGAGUAGGGGAGGCGCGAGGGGCGGAGGAGGGUCGGCUUCCCACGUGGGGGCUGACGCUGGCUGCUGGGCAACGCCGGUUUCAUCCUGGGACUAUAAAACCAGUGCACCGUAGAGCGGUGGAGCAGCGCUUCUGUGCAGACGCCCAGCAGCCGGUGCACGCCGCCCAGUCACCCCAGCGCCUUCAGCCCCAAGUCCUGCUAAAACUCAAACGGUCUUCGGACCCCCGCCGGGUCUGCUGCGCUCAGAGCCCACCCAACUCGCGGUUAGCGGCCACCCUUGCCUCGGCCUCGGCUUCCGGAGGGUCAGUCGCUCACCUAGCUUGGCCCUGAGGACGUGUGUGGGGGGGGUGCCUUCAUGCGGUCCCCACACGCUUCAUCCCGCCACCGCUGCCCCAGAGCUCCGUGCGCUGCGUCCCAGCCCCAGCAGGGCGCACAACUUUGGAAGUCCCGUGGCUCUAUAAGAGGAAGCAGAGUCCGCGCCCUCACCCAAGGUCCGGCCCAGCCCGCUCCACCGCUCCUGGGGGGCAGCGACAGAAUCGGAAAUCGCUUCGAGGGUAUAAGAAGAUCGACCUAGGACCCUGAGCCCUCACCAACACCCCUCGGCUGCCUUUUGGGGUAAGACUUCCUGCUUUCUCUCAGCUCAAGAGUCAAGGUAUAGAUGCCUAUUUAAAUACAUUUGUAUAAUUUUCUGACAUCUUUCCAAGUCAUCAGGCCACCGAUGAUUUCUUUUCUUUUUUCUUGAAGAAUUAAAUCUCUAACUGCCAGCUGGCCCUACUCUAUCCUGCCUCUUAGGAAAAAACUUGGCUGUGUUUGGGGAGCUGGAAGAGAGAAGGCGCCCACCCGGAGCGGUGGACCAGCCGGUGCCAGUUCGCGGGCACUAAUCCAUGGACCACUAGCGGUCCCCCAGCUUGGGCCUGGGCUCCCUAUGUGAGGCGCGGCGGGACGGUCCGCGCGCCAGAGGAAGAGGAGGACCCACGGACGCGGGGCCGGAAGGCAGCUGGCAGCAGGCCCAGGAGAACCGGCACCCGCGUUCAUGUUCCGCCAGGAGCAGCCGCUGGCCGAGGGCAGCUUUGCGCCCAUGGGCUCCCUGCAGCCGGACUCUGGCAACACGAGCUGGAACGGGACUGAGGCGCCCGGGGACGGCACCCGUGCCACCCCUUACUCCCUGCAGGUGACACUGACUCUGGUGUGUCUGGCUGGCCUGUUGAUGCUGUUCACAGUGUUUGGCAACGUGCUGGUUAUUAUUGCAGUGUUCACCAGUCGUGCACUUAAAGCGCCCCAAAACCUCUUCCUGGUGUCUCUGGCCUCAGCGGACAUCCUGGUGGCCACACUGGUCAUUCCCUUUUCUUUGGCCAACGAGGUUAUGGGCUACUGGUACUUUGGUAAGGUGUGGUGCGAGAUCUACUUGGCUCUCGACGUGCUCUUCUGCACGUCGUCCAUAGUGCACCUGUGCGCCAUCAGCCUGGACCGCUACUGGUCCAUCACACAGGCCAUCGAGUACAACCUGAAGCGCACACCGCGCCGGAUCAAGGCCAUCAUCGUCACCGUGUGGGUCAUCUCGGCCGUCAUCUCCUUCCCGCCCCUCAUCUCCAUAGAGAAGAAGGGCGCUGGUGGCGGCCAGCAGCCGGCCGAACCGAGCUGCAAGAUCAACGACCAGAAGUGGUAUGUCAUCUCGUCGUCCAUCGGUUCCUUCUUCGCGCCUUGCCUCAUCAUGAUCCUGGUCUAUGUGCGUAUCUAUCAGAUCGCCAAGCGUCGCACCCGCGUGCCGCCCAGCCGCCGGGGUCCGGACGCUUGUUCCGCGCCACCUGGGGGCGCCGAUCGCAGGCCCAAUGGCCUGGGCCCCGAACGGGAGCCCGCGCCCGCUGGGCCCCGCGACGGGGAUGCGCUGGACCUAGAGGAGAGUUCGUCGUCCGAGCAUGCCGAGCGGCCCCCGGGACCCCGUAGACCCGAGCGCGGUCCCCGGGCCAAGGGCAAGACCCGGGCGAGCCAAGUGAAGCCGGGGGACAGUCUGCCUCGGCGCGGGCCUGGGGCCGCGGGGCCUGGGACUUCUGGGUCCGGGCCUGGAGAGGAGCGCGGCGUCAAAGCGUCGCGCUGGCGCGGGCGGCAAAACCGCGAGAAGCGCUUCACGUUCGUGCUGGCUGUAGUCAUCGGCGUGUUCGUGGUGUGUUGGUUCCCGUUCUUUUUCACUUACACACUCAUAGCGGUCGGCUGCCCCGUGCCCUAUCAGCUCUUCAACUUCUUCUUCUGGUUUGGCUACUGCAACAGCUCGCUGAACCCGGUCAUCUACACCAUCUUCAACCACGACUUCCGCCGCGCCUUCAAGAAGAUUCUCUGCCGUGGGGACAGAAAGCGCAUCGUGUGAGCGAGUGGGAUGUGCCCUGCUUACAGACGCUUGUUCGAUGCAGGGCCCGGGCUUCGAGAGGGCGUGUCUGUGCAUGCAGCCCCAGCACUCUGAAACCCAGGACCUACCUGCUCCUUGGUCUUUGAGGACACCUUUUGUUACACGUGUAAAGUUCUGGCUGAGAGGGACACAUGCGCCUUUUGGUGGUUGUUUCAGUUGCUCCCCACCCACAGCCAUUUUCUGGUGGGCUACUCCGAUCAGUAUUGUUUCCUAAUGACCUUGCCACCCUCUCCACCAGUCUGACUCUCCCAAGCUCUUCAGAGCAAGCUCAGUACUAGAGAAGGCAUGGCUGCCAAAGGGUUAAUGAACCAAGAUUUCCUAGCCCGGGCUAAUUACCACUCUCCCCUCCCCCCCUUUAAAAAACCAUUCAGGGCAGCCCUGCCAGCCCUCCCCACCCCCAUUGUAAAUAUACAUUAUUUUUGAUAUCAUACUUUGAAGUCUUCAGUGUUGGCAUUGGUGUGAUGUUGAAACCGUGGAGAUGCUCUCCAGCAGCUAACCUGGUCCAGACCAAGCUCCUUCGUGAUGCGAGCCCUUUUCUAGUGUUAUGUUGCUCUCUGUGCUUUUUACCAGUAACUGGUGACAGUCCCUCGGACACAGACCUGCUUUGAGAUUUCCUGACAGGGAAAGGGUUUCUGUUCAUGUUCCUCCCUCUUCCCCCCCCGCCCGUGCCUAACAGCAUAAUUGCCUUUUCCUAUGUAAAUAUUAGAGCGAUGGACCAAGACAGAAGGAAAUGAACCUUCCGCCUUGCAUCAGCCCUGUGUAUGAAGCCAUUAUCUUCUGAGGCACCACUUGCCCCAGUAACUCACUUUGAAACCGACUCUGUGGAUUCCCCACUACUCUGGGGCCAAGGCUUGAAGAAGAAUAUGUAAGUUUCUAGAUUGUAUGUGUACCGUCCCUCCCCCAGAAAGAGCCAUCUAAGAGGGAAUCUUUUAGCUGCUGAUUUUAGCCACACAGGAGUGGAAAUUAUGUGGAAGAAACAAACCUGAUACAGUUUGCACAAGGUAAACAGUGAGAAGACAAAUGGGCCUGCGCACUGUACAGCGCCAACCCCAAGAGCUCUUAGGUAGGAAAGUGUUCCCUUCCCCCUGCUUUUCUGGCUGAGAUCAUGUCACUAAUGAAUUGCCAGAGUCAGGGAGGAAGGCAGAGACAUGUUUACAGCAGGGUUUCUACUUAUUUUAGGUGGACAGGGAAGGCCUGUGCUCUGAUUUCACGAAAGAAAAACUAAAUGUCAGCACUUGUUGCUUAUGACAGUGAAUUUUUUUUUUUAAAAAAAUAAAGUUUACAGAUCAAAUGUGAAAUAAACAUGGAUUAAGUGG